AAACUCGACCACCUUUGUCUCCACUCCCACCUUCCCCGUGUCCUUUAGAACAUGGAGCAAACAACUACGGCAAACCCCUCAUCCUCAUUCUAACAUUUAUUUUAAACUUCAUAUGCGUAUAUAUGUGUAUAUAUACACUCUCACUAACAUGUUUUAUCUUAAAGAUCCUACGAUCAAUUACCGGAAACCUAUAAAUAAAUAUAUUUAUUGCAUUUCCUCUGUAGAAACCCCACCAUGCAGCAUAUAUAAAUUAAGCAAUAAGCUUUGGAGUUUCAACAUUUCUCUCACAUCAAAUCAUCAAACCAACAAACCCACAUCACAUAACCAACUCCAAAGGAAAGAAAUAUUCAAAAUUUUCAAAAAAGAAACCUUUUUUCCGAUACCCAUUUGGGAAAUCGAUCAAAAGAUUCGGAAAAAAACACUUCAAUAAUAAAAAUGGAGAUCGAAUCGGUUACCUGCGAGUGUUGUGGGCUAAACGAGGACUGUACACAAGACUACAUUAGCGAGGUGAAGGCAAACUUCGACGGAAAAUGGCUCUGUGGGCUCUGCUCGGAGGCGGUGAGAGACGAAAUCACCCGCCGGAAAAUUGCGUCAGCAGCGGCGGCGGCGGAGGAGGAGUCGGGUUUCCCGGUGGAUCAGGCGGUGAGGGCCCACAUGUCGUUUUGUGGGAAGUUCAAAGCGAACCCGGCGGUGCUGGUAGCCGACGGCAUGAGGCAAUUGCUACGCCGGAGGUCCGGCGACUUGUCGCCGGCGAAGCAGUUCGGAAGAUCUGACACCAAGAAGCUUUACUGAUCUUUUCUUUAGUGUUUUGCUUUGCUUGAAAAUGGCACUAAUGUAUAAUCUUCGAUGCUUCGGUUUCACAUAAAAGAUGAUAAUCAAGUUAACCAAAGAAGAAGAGAAACCUUCUUGUGCGGAUGAUGAUGAUGAUGAUGAUGGAUGAUGGCGAUGGUG